AUGUUAAAACUUUUGGAAAAUUUAGAUUAGUUUGGAGUAGCAUUCUAACCUACACUUAAAUAUUCAAAAACCUAGCAUAGAACAGCUUUAGGAGGGAUAAUGUCAAUUGUUCUAUAUGGUCUAAGUUUAGCUUAUUUAUUUUAUGUGUUUUAUUAAUGGUAAAGCGGAUUGUCACUUCCAAAAAUAACAAUAACUCAAAAAGUACAAAGAAAUUAAGUUUUGGAAUUAAAGGAAACAUAUGUAUAAUUUGAAUCACGAAAGUUCGAAUUUACUUAAAUUGAUCCAUUCAAUCCUGAAGCAAUUAUAUUAUAACCUGCAAUAUACUAUUUAAAAAAUGGUUUUCUUAUUGAACCACCUAUUGCAAUAAAUGUAACUUACGAAUUGAAAUCAUAAUUUUAUACUGUAAAUGUUGCUAAUUUCUUGCUUAAAAUAAGUGAUAGUAAAUCUAAUCAGGAUCCAGAAAUUGAAAUGAUGCUUACAUUAGGUACUUGUUAAGAAUAACUGUUACAAGGGAAUUAGAAGUGUGCUAAUAAAACUACUAUUAGUAAUUACUUUAUGCAACCAAUUAAUACAAUUGUUUUAAGAUAAUUUAUGAAGGAUUUUAAUACAGCAACUUAAAUGGUUGAAACUAUUGGUAGAGAAUAGAUGAUAUCCAUAUAAAAUAAUUUCACUUUUCAAGUCUAGACAUACAUUAGAGUCCAAGAAACUUCUGUUGAUACAGGAGCACUUUUGGAAAAUAUUAAUUAAUAUAAAUUUAUUACAGAUUAUAGAGGAAGUAAUUCAGUAUUAGCAUUAGAUUACUUCUAUACUAUUUUAAGAAAAGAGUUGUAUGUAGCUCUCUAUUAUAAAUUAGAUAAUAUUUUAUAAGAAUAAACUAUCACUUAUCCAAAAUUAAGUGAAGUCUUAGCUGAAGCUGGAUCAAUAGCAUCAACUCUAUUUCUUCUAUCUUAUUUAGUUGUUAUUAUUAAUUAAAAAUAAUUACAAUUUGAAGCUGUUAAUAAAGUAAUAACUAUGUAUUAUCCAGAAUUUAAUUAAAUUAAAAUUACUAAAAAUUUAUUUGGUUAAAUUACUAAAGUUAAAAAGAAUGAUAGACUCUUAGAUUUAAAUAUAUUUAAAAAGUAAUACUAAAAAUUAGUUAAAAUUGGAGAGACUAAAUUAUCUAUAUCUAAUUAAAUUUAUGAAAUUUCUAGAAUUUAAUUCAUUCUACAAUCCAUUUUUACAUCAUAAUAAAUCAUUUCAUUUCAUUAACAUGGUAUUCCAUUUUAAAUAAAUAAUCAUGAAAACUAAAAAGAUGAUCCUAGUAAUACAGUUAAAUUGGAGAUGAGCAUAAAUUAAGAAAAUAAUUCUAUUAAAUUAAGUUCUAUUGUUCCCCUCAGUAACAAUGAAAAAAAUUAAGAUGUACUAUUGUCAACUUAAUAAAAUUUUAAUAUGAGACAAUCAAAAAGCUAAAAUUUAAUGGUUAUCACAUCAAAAGAUGUUGUUGAUGGAUAAAAAGCAGAGUAUAAGGAUUUAGAUUUUGAAUUAUUGAUCUUGUAAAAUGAAAAAGACGAAAAAGAAGAUAAAGAGGAUCGUAAUACUUAAUAAAUUUAAUGA